GGCCGGAUUCUGGAGUACCGAUGACGAGUUCGCUGACGUCAAUUCGUUAUGCUAUGAUACUCCUGGAAAGGUCGCUGAUUCCAGGCUUGUAUCUCUAUUAAGGCGAAGUGCCAUAACAGAGCUGGAAGUCGUUGAGGCAUUUAGAAGCUUCGACCGAGAUGGUCGGGGUAAGCUAGAUGCGGCAGAUCUCGUCAACGCUAUGACCUCUAUGGGGAACGCGCUGCUAGAAGACGAGGCCUAUCAGAUGAUUCAUCAGGCUGAUCCAACAGCCAGCG